UAAUAUUACAAUACUGGCAAAGCCACAGAAUGCAUCUAUGUCAAAUGCCACUACACCAUCAGUAAACGAUACUACGCCCUCAAUCUGUCCACAAUGGAGAGGUAACAGGACAGUUUUAGAGCGGUCCUACGUCAUAGAAGAUCGGGGAAUGACGUCAUUCUUCAGGGGUUGGGUCGACGUACAGGGACAAGGAGCGGCCAAUGAUUUUUGCAGAAUAGUAAGAACUGAUGGGAAACCGUUCAUGUCCUGUCUACUGGCUGGUUCGAUGGAAGAUGACCUAUUAGCAUACACAUCUCCCAACCCCUCCGAAGAAUGGUUUGACCCAGGCUAUUCCAAUACUUGGUAUAUGAAAGACGAAGAUGAAGAUGGACGAGAUGACUAUUGCAGAUGCGUCGGAAGUGUACCGGAUACAACGGUUGUAUGUAUGAAAGCUGGACCUGCUGGAUUCGAGGGUCACGAAAGAGAUUUUACACCGGAAAGCUCACCGAUGGAUUGCUUCUACCUCACCGCUGAUCCCUUCUUUGGAUUUCCGUAGUUGUGGUCAGCAAUAAACUCCAGGGGUGUGUCUCAUGAAACACAUUUUCAGUGAUUUCCACUGACUGAUCUGGCCUAAACCAAUCAGAAGCAAGGAUUUUUGUAGCUCAUAACAGUUUCAAGUGAAGGUCAUUGACUAUUACGUUUUAUAAAAUGGGUCCCAGAUUGCCCGGAAGGGAACAUAUUUUCUCCAUUUAAAAAGUGGAUUCCAUGUCAAAAGGACUGGGAUAGCAGAAGGCCUAAUCCAUCCACGUCAUUCAAGAACCCUCCAAUCAGAUCACACAUGGUGCUUAGAAACGUGCUCUGAACUUUUGGAUAUUUAGCUUUCCAUCUCGGAUGUAUUCAUUCAUCUUUUGACAGUUGUUUGAAAUGAGAAAUUCGAUGAAUCGAAAAAACGCAUUCGAAUGUUUCAGUAUCUUGAUUCAGAGAUGUCAUGGUUCAUUCGAAGAAGGCACCAAGGUCAUCAAAUUAGGCGUAAUCUGCUCUUGAACAUUUACUAAAUGGGGUAUUUACAGAUCAGUUAUUUUUUUUCAGAUUAAAUAAUGGAUUUCAUUAAAAUAUUUUUUUAACAGAAUGGAAAUGUGACUGUGCCAAGUAGCCAGACGAAAGAAUAGAUUCCGUUUCUUCUUCUGAUUUACUACUAUCUAAGUUAAGAACCAGAAUACUCUUUAUUCAUCUUUCACAGUUAAACAUGUUAAUAGAGAAAAUUUUAAUUCAAUUUCCCCAACAUAUGCUGUUAUGUUUUUAUUUUCGUUGAUAAUUGUAGGAUGAUGAUUAUGCCUGCACAGUAAAAACGCUGUUUAAGAUUUUAUACAACGCUGUUCACUAAAUGAACCUUACAGUAUAUGUUUAACCAUUUAAACAAUGUCUUUGUUUUUGUUUAAUUUCUUGAAGAUUGGAUAUUGAAAAUUAAACCUUGUUGCUUAAACACUUGUUAAUACUGUUUAACCAAUUACUGUAAGAUUCAUAUAGUAAACAGCGUUGUAUAAUUUUUUUGACUGUGUAUUUCUCUGCUAUUUAUUCAAAGUAUGUGGGCAUAGGCAUACACUUUCAAAGAAUAGCAUGACAUUUGCUCUGGCGACAUUUGCUACGAUGUAAAUUCCACACACCAGUUUCAACCUUGGAUUUAACGCUAUAUCCUAUCCUAAACCUAACCAUUAACCUUACAUAAAAAACCGCAUUGCAAUCAUAGCCUAGCCAUAUAUCUUAGACGAAAUAACACGCGGAGCUAUUGUCGCCGGAGUUUCGAUUUCAACGACGCCUUUCACUUUUGAACGAAUUGGAUGUUGAUUGCUAAAUGACUGACUUGAAACGAUCUGAAAUAUUUUCAUCACACGCGCUUUUAUUGCAGCAAACUAUUUCAGGGAGCAUGAUUUAAAUUGCUGCCAUUGGAGCUUUACCAAAAAAAUAUAUCCCGGAUUGCCUUGUCUAUUUUUAAGUAGAAUUGUAGAAACACAUGUUUUUUUAGAUGUACCUCCCUUCAGAGAAGAUAACACACAAAAAAUGGAAAAUAAAUUA